GCGGGAAGCAGAAAGAGAGUAGGCAGAGUGGCAGCCUCCUUCACUCUCUUUGCAGUUCAGGCGUGAGUCACCCAGCACCAGUGAGCUCAGGAUUCUGUGAGACCUGUUGGGCAUGAUGCUGGGACUUUUCUUGUCAGCAGCUCUCUUGCUGUUGUCUGUGGUACAGGGAUCCCCAGAAGAGCGACAUUCUCGUCAACGUCGUGCACCCCUGAUCAAGGUGCGCCUUGCUGGGGUCUCCAGGGGUCCCAAUGAAGGACGUAUUGAGGUGUUUUACAAUCGCACCUGGGGAACAGUUUGUGAUGAUGAUGUCGACGUUAACGUAGCCAAUGUAGCCUGCCGAGAACUUGGCUUUGAAGGUGCCCUAACGUGGGCGCACAGUGCAAAGUAUGGAGAAGGAAAAGGGCCAAUCUGGCUAGAUAAUGUGCACUGCCAGGGCACAGAGAACUCACUAGCUGACUGUAAGUUUGCUGGAUGGGGAAUCAGUGACUGUCAGCAUUCAGAAGACCUGGGCGUGAUUUGCACUGAGGAGAAAAGACCGGCGAAUGUGCAAAGAGUGGAGGUACGACCCAACAACAUAAUCAAUCAGAACCCCAAUACUGUGAAAAUAGAAGAGGUCCGCCUUCGCCCAUUGCUGACUAGUGCCAAAAAUCGUGCUCCCAUCACAGAAGGAGUUGUUGAAGUUAAACAUGCAGGAAGAUGGCGGCAAGUAUGUGAUAUGGGCUGGACCCUCACUGCCAGCAGGGUGGCUUGUGGAAUGCUGGGAUUUCCAUCAGAAGCACAGCCAAAUAUCAAAAUGUAUAAAAAACUCUGGAACAGCAAGAUCAAUAAUCCAAAUACCAGACUCAGCACCAUGGCUCGUAAAAAGAGUUUUUGGGUGGAGAAAAUUGCCUGCCAAGGAAAUGAGCCAAAUCUGUCAUAUUGCCGUGUUCAGCUCUCCUCGUCCGUCAACAUUGUCCCAUGCAGGAAUGGCAUGCAUGCUGUGGCGCGGUGUGUUUUGGGUCCCGACUUUGUCAACACUGCCACAAUUAGACCCCAUGAACCACUAAGACAACUGAAUGUCCGACUCAAGGCAGGCCCCCAUCUUGGAGAGGGAAGAGUAGAAGUUCUCAAAGAAGGGAAAUGGGGCACAGUUUGCGAUCAUCUUUGGGACCUCACUUCUGCUAGCGUAGUGUGCCGCGAGCUUGGAUUUGGCACUGCUAAGGAAGUCUUGCCUGGAGCUUAUAUGGGUCAAGGAAUGGGGCCCAUUCACAUGAGUGCUGUGCACUGUACAGGUUUUGAACGCACUAUAACAGAAUGCUCCUUUCAAGAUAUUAACCAAGUAGGAUGUACUCAUAACAGAGAUGCCUCCGUACGGUGCAAUGCGCCCAAGUUGGACAUUGAUAGCAUGGUUCGCCUAGCAGGAGGUCGUGCUCAAGGAGAAGGACGUGUUGAGGUACUCCUGGAAGUGGGAGGUCGAAUGAGAUGGGGUUCGGUGUGCAGUGAAUCCUGGGGAAUCAAUGAAGCGAUGGUUGUAUGUCGACAACUGGGUUUUGGAUUUGCUUCUCAUGCAUUGCAGGAAACCUGGUAUUGGCCAGGGAACUCUGAAGCAAAUGAGGUGGUGCUGAGUGGGACAUACUGCUCUGGGACUGAGCUCACUAUUCAACAGUGCCGACGGAACCCACAGGUGCACUGCCCUCGAGGGGGGGGCCGACAUGCUGCUGGAGUCACCUGCACAGAAGCUGCCCCUGAUCUGGUAUUAAAUUAUCAGAUGGUCCAGGAAACUGCAUACCUUGAGGACAGGCCACUGCACCUCCUUACUUGCGCCCAUGAGGAGAAUUGCCUUUCUUCUUCUGCAAACCGUAUGAACUGGCCAUAUGGGCACCGCCGCCUGCUAAGAUUUUCUUCUCGUAUCCAUAACUUAGGACGAGCUGAUUUCCGUCCUCGUGCAUCACGUGAAUCAUGGACCUGGCACCAAUGCCACAGACACUACCACAGUAUUGAAGUAUUCACACAUUAUGAUCUCUUGACCCUAAAUGGUAGCAAAGUAGCUGAAGGACACAAAGCAAGCUUCUGUCUUGAAGACACCUAUUGUCCUGAUGGAUUGCAGAAACGAUACGCUUGUGUUAACAUGGGAGAUCAAGGUAUUACUGUGGGCUGCUGGGAUACUUACCGACAUGACAUAGACUGCCAAUGGGUUGACAUCACAGAUGUCAGGCCAGGAGAUUAUAUCUUUCAGGUUGAAGUCAACCCAAAUCUAGAUAUGGCAGAAUCGGAUUUCACCAACAAUGUGAUGCGCUGUAGGUGUAGAUAUGAUGGCCAUCGGAUCUGGAUGCACGGUUGCCACACAGGUGAUGCAUAUAGUCCAGAAAUUGAGGACCUGUUUGAGCACCAGAGACAGAUCUCCAACAAUCAGAUCUAAUGCUUCUCAAGCGAUGUUCUUCAAUCUUGGAUACAGAAAAAAGAAUAAGCUGGAGAGUGUGAUUAUGAGCAGAAAAGAAUCACAUGGACCUUCACCGCAAGUAACGCUACAGGAUACAGUAAAUGAACUUACAACACAGAUUUUCACAGAUGACUGGCGAGUAAAUCAGGAGUAAACACAGACUGACCAGGAAUAUUUUUAACCAGAACUCAAACUGCAGGCUUAGCGUCUAGCCUGUGACAGUCAGUAUACUGGAGCAGUUAAAAGAUAAGUGUGGGUCUUAUUGAGUUAGGAUAGUUUUUUUCCAUGCAUAUAUAUCUUUAAAAAGUAUCACUUUAAACAUUAAGGUUUUGUGAAUUUUUCUUUACAGUAAAAUAUCAUUAUAAUUAAAAUAUUUUAUUUUUUAAUUAAAAAAAUCUUCUAUGUAGAUAUUCAAAGAAAAAUACAUUUCCUCAUUGUCCAAGAUGUAUUAUAAAAGUAGCAGUAAUUGAAGAAGCAUUCGCGUUCCAGGAAUCAAUCUGUUCUUUUUGUAAGAAACAGGAAUCUGGGGGACAUGCUACAGUAUAUGUAAUGCACUUUAUGCUAAACAUUUCAGUGUUCAGAUGUAUUUCUUACGAUUUUUGUCUUUUUUUUUGAUGAACUCAUCAGAAGCAUAUAUUAUUUAUGUCCAUGAAGUAUCACUUCUAACUGCAGUCCUUCAUGUCAUGCACUUGAGUAUUCAGAGAUAAAUGGCAAUUUAUGAGGAAUGCCAUAGUUUCUUACUAUAGAGCUUAUUACGAUGGGGUCUUUUUCAGGUUGCCAAGGCUGAAUGCUUUGCCAAUAGACUUUUAUCAAUGUUAUUGAAUGCAUGACUGGAUUGGAAAACUGUGAAUUUUCAAAAUGACAAACACUUCAUCUACAGCAUGGAGCAUUUACCAGGAAUCAGGAAUCUCAGGAACUUAAUGAAAUUCUUCUUGAAAAUUAAGCCAGUUUGACUGAAAUAUGGGAAUUCUACAAUAAAGGCAAGGAAUAGACACAAAGAGUGUACUGGCCCUCUAUUGCAUUGAAACCAGGGCAAUCAUUACCAUAGCUAAAUUGUAUUUAAAUGUGAAGCACUCCAGAAAACACCACAGACGUCAUAAAGUAGAAAAACCAUUCAGAAAUUAUGGUAAGUUCCUGUCUCAAAUGGAAAUGGUGCUGCUGCGAACAAUGCUUGGAUGAUAAAAGCCAUCAUUUGUAUUACUUCUGCACACAUUAGCUUUUCUAAUUUAUCUAAUGAAUGCAUGCAUUUUGGAUACAUCCUAAGUAAGGUUGCUCUGGUCUACUAAGGCCAUAGACAAACUCAGGGUAUAUGUUGUUUUCUUUUGUUUUUCUUUCCUUUUUUUUUUCUUUAGUAACUUUUUCUUGUAAGGUUUAGAUAGAAAGGGGUGCUGUCUUACCUUCAUUUUUACUGUUGACUUUUCUUUGCUGUGUUUUCCAGUCAGUUGUUUUUAUCCACCAUAAUACCUAAAACCACCAUUUUGCUAUUCUGUUGACACACUGGCAUAUAUGUCUGUUUCUGCAUAUACAUACUGGUCUCCAUUGCUGUACAUUCUGAGAAUUCAUGCUCACUUAUUUUAUUAUUUUUAGAAUUUCAAAUGCCACUCAAAUGGAAAUUUUAACUUAUUAUUUAAAGUUUCUAAAAAUAAGUAAGUGGACAUUUUUAAAUGUUUCUUUGCUUACUGAGGUUUUUUUUUCUUGGCAUUGCUUUUGCUCUUUGUAUAGACAUUUUCUCAGAGUUUGUGUCCACAUCAACUGCAAAAACCCCCAAUUUCAUUAAGAUUCCCAUGUACAGUAUCUUACAUCUUAUCUUAUUUAAUAACAAUGAAAACAAACAAUGAGGAUUCCAGCAGGGUGGUAUGAAAAUCUAUUGGUUCAUAGUUCACAUUCAUAAUGGCAUCUCAAUGCCACUUCAAGAUCCUCAGAAAGGGAACAUGAUAGAAAAGAAACAUGAACUUCAGCUUACCACACUAAAAUGUAGAGUACCUUCCUUGAUUUAAACACUGGCACUGAAGAGGUUUCUAGCUGCGUUUCCAUUGCAAAUAUGUGCAAAACAGAAGCGAUACUUCUGAAAAGUCGACAAAACCCAAAUGCAACUUGUCUGUGUUUCCACUGAGUGAUUUUAUGCGAAUAAAGUUUGUUUUAAAUCUUGAAAUUAAAAUUGACGAAUGAUA